AAUGAGACAUUCGAUUUCAACAGCGAUACAUCACUUUGGAAAAUAAUGCCUUAAAGAAAUUUUGAACUUCAUGAAUAUGAACCAGACCUUUCGCCGUAAUAAAAAACGUAUUUAAAAAUAGAUGCUACAUAGGAAUGCCUUAUUUGUGAGUCGGAACAGUAUUCAUAGUCUAUUCCUCGGAGUUAAUUUAGCAUUAAGAGGAGGUUUGAUUGGCGACUACAGGUAUUUAGGAAACAUUACCAUUCCAUCACAGCGAAAAUAAUAUGUCCCAAGACACCAACUCUACCGACUUCAAGGAAUUUUACGUACAGGCUCGGUUUAUCACAGGGCUCAUCCUAUACCCCAUAUUCUGUGUCUUGGGGCUGAUCGGGAAUGGCCUAGGAAUAGCAGUUAUGCUUCAAAAACAAAUGAGGUCUUCAACAAACGUUUAUCUUCUGGCCUUAGCGAUAUCUGACGGUAUUAAAAUCAUUUGCGACGCACUGUAUUUCUUUGUGGUGCUUUCUUUAGAAUUAGAUCCAAAAUUUGGGAACAAAUUGUACAUAUUUUUGUACCCAUAUGCACAUUAUGUUUUCAACGCGUCUCUUUGCAUAUCGGCAUGGCUUACAGUGGCGGUAGCUGUAGAACGGUACGUGUACGUAUGUCACGUCCACAGAGUUCGAACUUACUGUACCUUGUCUCGGGCCAGAACGAUAUCUUUCAGUGUGUUCAUUGUAAUGAGUUUAGCCUGCAUUCCAUACGCUUUGCGAUACAAAACGGUCGAAAGCCAAAACAAUUCCACCUCCUGGACCAGUUACGAUUUGAGCCUGACCGAUUUGUGGGUGGAUCCAAAAUUUUCAUCUAUUUUUACAUGGACACAGUAUUUUAUUCGAAUCAUCAUUCCACUCACAUUGCUAAUUGUCCUUAAUAUUUUCAUCAUGUACGGAAUUCGUAAAUGUCGUAUUGGAAGAAAAAAUCACAGAAUUACAGUCAUGCUAAUCGUUGUCAUCAUUGUUUUUAUCAUAUGCAUUAUUCCAGAUGCCAUCAUGUCGACAUUCCUGGGUUUUGGAUAUUAUGAAGAGGAUUUCUUAGCGCGAGCAAUCCGAGAAAUCACUGACUUGUUUCUACUUAUAAACACAGCUAUUAAUUUUGUAAUAUAUUGUGCAUUCAACACAAUUUUCUGGAGAAAUUUCCAGUCUUUGUUCUGCUCUUGUUGCAUCUCGAAAGGAACUUUGAUGGAAAAUUCUCACAUGAGACAGUUGUCAUUAUGUGGUCGGGAACAUUCCAAAAGGUCAUUAAAGCGUGUCCACGUUGUCAAAGAAGAACGUCUCCUACCAGAGCCAGCUGAACUUUGAUAGACAUAUCCGCCUUAAGUAAUGUUUUGUUAUGAAGAAUAUUUAUUGUAAAUAGAGCAUAUCAAACAAAACUUGCGUAUUAUUAGAUUUGAAUUCAACCGGUGAGGUAAAAGAUUACAGGUUUCGUUAUCACUUAGUUUGAACCAUUUCUGCUUCAUAUUUUGUGUACCAACA